GCUGCCAGUUCCCUGAGGGCGGAAGGCAGGUUUGGCUCUGGGCCCGUGCUCCCCUCCCGCCUGCAUGGACUCCCAGCCAAGCGCACCCUCCAUUCUUAGCUGGAGCCCAGAAGAAAGCUCAGUAUGACCAAUUCUGUUGGACCACUGCUAGCCGUAAUGAAAGACGAGGCUCUGGAUAUGGUUUCAGUGGAGUGACCCUGAGGUGUUUUAUUCUUAUGGCUGUUCAGGCUUUUCUCCUUGCUUGUCAUCAUCUUUUUUGGGAAAAAAGCCAGGAUGGAUGAUCAAGCAUGGUUUUUGAGAACUUCAAAGCUGGCCUUGGCUUUGGCAAUUAUCCGCUCGAAACCAGCAGACCAAAGCAGCAGAGAAUACACGGAGCAUCUCGCCAGGGUGGUGUCAGGGCAAGAAUCAAAGUGGAGAUCAAAAGUCGAAGCCUUGGAAGCCGAGGUCCUGCAGUUACGUCAAAAACUUCUUCUGAGCAGGAUUUGUUCAGGACCCAUUAAGACUGGAGACCCAUCUUCCCAGUUGCAGGCUCAGGAACGGAGAAGUUCUGAAAACACACCAACUCUGCUGGAAGAUUCUGGGUGUGAUUUAUCAAGUGAGCAGAGAAUUGAACCUUCAGAGAUGCCCCCAUGGUUUGUGGAGAGCUGCCUCCCCACCCCCUUUCCACCACUGCCCAUUGUGGACAGAUGUCACCUUGCACCAGAAAACCCUCUGUCUUCUAGCAUGCAGUUCUUGCAACAUCUGCUUGAACUGAAGAACUUGACAGAGUCAGGGAGUCUGAAAACAGACUUGAGCCACUUUGAAAACGACUCUUCCACAGUAUCCGAAUCUGCUUUUCGGUUGCUGGAUGGCCUGAUCACUUUUUACCAAGAACCCAAACUUCCUUGUUCAAGCUUUUGGACAGAAGCUGUGGGUACCUUAGCUAAACUGAUCAGUGAUAGUAACUUAUCUAAUCAUAUUCUCAAAAAGUGUUCGAAGAAGUUGGAAGAAUUUGAGAAGACCCUGCUGCAGGUUAUUUUAAAGAACAGCCAUAUAAAUCGGUUUCAGGUGCAACAUCAUGUUUCUCAGAGUCUGGUAACACUGGGAAGUUGCAGCUUGUUGAGAAAAUCUAUAAUCUCUCUGCUUCUGUCAGAAGUAAAUAGCUUCGCUGCUGAUCUGGGUGCCAUCAAUCAGGAGCAAGCCAAUCACGAUGUGACGCGCUAUGAAAAUGUUUUCUUCGUUUUCUGGGUUCUGGAGCAACUUCUUCAGAAGGAAACUCAAGAAGGCAACACUUCAAGAAUACUGCGUGAGGAUCAAGAAAUCAAGACAUUUCUUCAGAAGCAUGAUGAAACAAUUUUCCAACUCUCUGAUGCAUUUCCUUUAUUUACUUUUUAUUUAUGGAGACUAGGUGUUCUCUUGAACUCAGUAGAGAUAGAAACUGUUGAAAAGAAGUCACUUCCUUAGCAAUUUAACAAAUAUCAGGAGCAUACUAAAGUUGAAUCUAUGAAGAUCUUGAAAUAGUUCAAGAAAUUUUAACUAUUUUAAAUGUAUCUCUAAAUAUAAUCAUUAAGUCAAUUUAAUAGACUUAAAUUGUAUAGAAAAGAUUAUGAGUCAUAUUUCUAAAAACUCAGCCAGUUUCAGUUAAGAAUGCUUACCCCCCAUUCCUAUGGGACGGUAUCUUAUAAUAUGUUACUCAAUACAGUCCAGCAGUUAUUCUCUAAAAUGGACCAUUAUUUGUCUACUCAUAAAAAAAUUUACAUUUUAAAAGGUUUCCAUGUAAUAGAUGCUAAAAGGUAACAGAUCUUAGAAGUUUUGUUGCUUUAUCAACAUAGUAUUUGAAAUAAGUGGUUAUACAUGAGAUUUUUUUUAAGCUAUUUUUUUUCUUAAAUAGUUUCACUUACAUCAUUGUCUAUCAUCUUAGAGGGGACUACGUAGAAGGAGAGAAGUUCUUAACAUUUGUAAACUUAAUGGCCUUUAAUUUUAUAGAAUCAACGUAUAUGUCAAGUCCUUUUAAAAGUUGUUUUAAAUGCUCUGUACUUGUUUUUCAACAGAUGUUUUGAUUCUGGUGAAUAUAUUUAGUAUCCCUGUUAUGGUUAAAAUGUAGCCGUCAUGUGUAAUUAAGUCAUUAAGGAUAUUUUCACAACUUCUAACAUCUGUCUAGAAAUAUACCUUAUAUUUAUUAAAGGUAUAUAAAUACUUAUUAAAUGUAUAGGUUGAAUUUUCCAGUUUCACAGUUUCAUUGACUUUAAUUCAAUUAUUAAAAUCAUAAUCAACUAACUUGGUGAGCACAUGUUAUAAAAUUUUCUUGAGUGCAAUUUAGGGUACAACAAAUAUAAAUUUGCUUUAUUAUGUGUAAUAUUGUUUCAUAAGUUAAUUACCAUUCUUGAAUGUCAUUGGUAUUAAAAAGCAAUUUAUGUAAAAUCAUAUCAUCUGC